GACAAUUGUAAGGCUUUAAGCUGGCUCUCAAAAUACGCAAGAAUCUCACCUACAACUCAUCCACAUCCUCAUCAUCCACCCCAACCAACAUCAUCGAUCACGCAUCCACAUCCGCUAACGAUCCUGAAAUCUCAUUAUCAUCCUUGUCAUCUGCCCUCUUACCGGCAUCAUUGCUGAGUACGACAUUUCAGAAUCUCAUACCAUACGCCAUUGCAGGCAUAGCGCCGGGACCGCAUAAUCUGUUGGCACCGCCGCCGCCGCCCUUGCCGGCAUCCUCGUCAUUGUCGUCUCUGCCAACGGCGUCUGCGACAUCGAGCUGCGGCCCCAACAACGGUUCUAACAGUGCCGAUUCUAGCCCACAGACAAGCGCUAACAGCGCAAUUUCAGCACACGCAGCCAUGGGUGGUCCACAUCCGCCAUUACCGCCGACCAUUGAGGGUCAAACAUAUUGUUUACGUUGGAAUAAUCACAAAUCGAAUCUAGUGGAGAUUCUUGAUGCGCUAAUUAAGGUCGAGAGCUAUGUUGACUGCACAAUUGUUGUCGACGAUCAAGUGCAAUUCAAAGCGCAUCGCGUGGUGCUCGCCGCCAACUCGCCAUAUUUCCAGGCCAUACUGCAGGACGUACCCAUGGAUCAUUGCAGCAUUAUAUUUCCCGGCGUUAAAGCAUUUGAAAUGCGUGCACUGCUGGAUUAUAUGUACACAGGUGAGGUGAAUGUUACGCAAAGUCAGAUACCCACAAUAAUGCGUAUUGCCGAGGAGCUCGAGGUGAAAGGACUUUUCGAUAUGGCCGAUCUGAAGGAGAAAUUCAACAAACUAAGCGAAGAGCAUGCGGAUCGUGCCAGUCACGGUUAUCCGUAUGCCGCUGCUAGUACCUCUGGUCUAACAGCACCAUAUGCCAUGGCUACGAGUUCAUCCUCGGCACAAGGCCUACCCAGCGGUGUACACAAUGGCAAGGAGCAUCAUGGCGCCGAUUUUCCAAUGCCUUCACAACACAAUUCCUCAUCCGUGAUCUCAACAUCAUCGCACAUAUCACCAUCAGCUGCCGCUUCGAGUACAUCUUCGCCACCAUAUACUAACUAUAAAUCGCCAUAUACCAAUAUGUAUUCCAAAUCGCCUGGUCCCUCAAAUGGUCCUGGUUCUGCUGGGAAUGGAUCUAGUUUAGGACAAACGAAAUCGGCCAAUACACCACAGACACCAACACACUCACAAACUCAACCGCCGAAUGCAGAUCACGCACAAUGGCCGUUAUCGCCUUCGGCAGCGGUCGGCAUGUUGGGCUCCGUCUAUGACUCUGUGCCAGACAAUCCACUAAAGCGUAAAAAACUGUCGUCCAUGACUUCAAUGUUAAUGAACCGCGAUACACCCAUUCUACGUAACGUCUUGGCACAAGCCAAUCCCGCCGACUCAUCUCAGCCGAUAUCAUUCUCUAUGCCCGCCGCCAGCAAGUCCGACAGCAAAUCGAAUGCCGAUAAAAACUCGCCACAUGCCGGUUCAAUGGGUGCACACAACAACAGCCAUGGUCAGCACUUCAACGGUGGCGCCGACUAUAGUAGCGAUAAGAAAUAUCACGACGAACCACAUUCGCCUUACACAGAUCGUUCGUUUGAUGACGACGCCUACGAUGCCAAGGGCAAUUAUGGUGGCGGCUUCAGUUCCAACUCGAAUCAGAAACCCGAAUGGAAACGCUAUAAACAAUACACACGCAGUGACAUUAUGUCCGCCAUACAGUGUGUACGGGAAGGUAUGAGCGCACUACAAGCCUCACGAAAGUUUGGUGUACCAUCGCGUACACUCUAUGACAAAGUCAAGAAGCUGGGCAUAACCACAGGUCGGCCAAUGAAUCGCACCAUGAAACGUAGUCCGAGUAAUGUGGAUUCGACCGCUGCUUUCUCCUACCCACACGCUUAUGGCGCCGAACCCUUAAUGUCAACGAUGCAUGAAGGACGCAAUGACGAGCGCGAGCCCAAAGACCACCAUCGCGCCGAACAUCACCACAUGCCACCACAACUGCCGCAUUCGCUCUUAGAUCAUGCGUUGCUACAACAGGCGUUGGAGAGCCGUGGAGGCGAUAUUGCCGGACGUGGCGCACUGUUGUUAGCAGCAGCCGCACAUGCCGCUGCGAACCGCAUCUCAACCAGCCCGGGUCCGAACGGUUCGAACGCCAUGCGUUCACCGAGUCCACCGAAUUAUGGCCGCAAGUACGGUCGUGGCAGUGAGCAAGACUUUUCUAUGGAGCGGGACGGACGUAGACGUGAACGCGGCAGAGACCGCGAAAUGGACAGCAGUCGAGAAAAUGAACGUCGCAUGCUGGAGCAUGAGUUAGAUCGCGAGCAUGAGCGCGAACUGGUAAGUGAAAGCGAUCGCGAACAUGAGUAUGAACGUGAACAGCGCGAAGAACGCGAAUGUGAAAGGAAACGUGCGCGCGAAUACGAACGCGAACAUGAACGCGACAUGGAACGUGAACACGCACGCGGACGUAAGCGUGCCAGCCGACGACGCUCUCACGACGAUGAGGAGACCACCGGCCAGGUUGAAGAUCUAUCUGUAACGCGCCGCAAUUGCAUGUCACCAGCGCCAACAGAAUCGCCACACAGACGCACACGUUCACCAUCCUACUCACCACCACCACUACCACCACCAACAACAGCACAAGCACCACCAACAGCGCUCGAAUGCGGUACUGGCGUUAUAAAACUGGCAACCGCAGCUGCCGUUGCAGUAGCCGCGUCAACAGCCGACGAUAGUCGUUGUUCGAGUCGCAGUAGUAACGGUUUAACGAUGGCUGAUAAUAUUAGCAACGAUGAAUACAACAACGAAACGAGCGCCAACCUAGAGGCAGCAACAACAAUGACCGCGAUAAAACGUGAAAUCAUUAGCAGCGACGACGUACGCACCGACUGAUUAAUGCUCUCCAUGGCGUGGCACUACGCAACCGAUACCUGUUAUGAAUCGUUGUUCUGGAGCCGUUGACUGCUAUCCGUUAUGCGUGCCAUUCUCCGCUUACCGCGAACAUAACUUUUGUAAGGAAUUUACGGUGAAAUAGGCGUCUGAAAAUGAGGGCAGUCUAAAGAAGCUUUAAUUGAGUUCCCUAAUGUUGAAUUUUUUGAGUGUUAGUGGCUGCGAAAAAGGGUCGCCUACUAAAAACCGACUACCGGUGUCGGACUUCUCAGUGAACUCAGUGAAUAUGUAUUAAAUAUUACUUGUUAUUGGUGUAAAUUCUUUAAAUAUGGCAAUGCGCACUAAUUGUAUACAACAUUAAUAUUGGUUAAUUAAAAAAAAAGAAUAAUAUGCAAAAUAUUAUAAUUCCUUGAAAAGCGCUUCGUUUGCUGCAAAAAAGUAGGGGCACUAAUCCCCACGGCCACAAACAAAAAAAACAACAGUUUGUGCGAGAAAAGUCCACGUGUAAACGCAGUCUAAGGCGGCAAGCGCAACAAGCGGAAGUUACUGUUGUCGGAA